AUGGAGCUCACCCCCACUCAAAGCCAACUCUCACGGACCCUUGACCUCCUGGACCUGACCUCCGGCCCGCAGUCGCUCUCUCUCUCAUACGGGGGAGGCGGCGUGGUCCUGCAUCCUCCCUCCUCUGCCUCCCUGCGGGAGAGUCCAGGGGGCCCCUCUGUCUUGCCUGACUGGCCUCCAUUGCCCCUCGACCCCCUCCCACGCCGGCGGCGGCGCCUCCAACUGAAGCCCGGCCGGGGUCGCAAGCUAUUUGGCUGGGGUGACUUCUACGUGAAUGUGCGGACGGUGAAGUUCAGCGUGCUGCUGACCGGGAAGGUCGUGGACCACGUGAACGGCACCUUCAGUGUCUUCUUCCGGCACAACUCCUCCAGCCUGGGUAAUGUCUCUGUUAGCAUUGUGCCCCCAACUCGCCUGGUGGGUUUCAACCUCCUCCAGGAGACGGCACCGGAGCUGGCGGCCGCUGCCGCCGUGGGUCACCGUCUCUUCAACUGCCGGGUGGAGUACGAGAAGACGGACCGGGCGCGCAAGACCCGCCCCUGCCUCUAUGACCCCUCACGCCUCUGUUACUCGGAGCACACCCAGAGCCAGGCGUCCUGGAUGUGCACCAAACCCUUCAAGGUCAUCUGCAUCUUUCUAGCCUUCUACAGCACCGACUACAAGCUGGUCCAGAAGGUUUGCCCUGACUAUAACUUCCACAACGAGCUGCCCUACCUUGGCUGAGGAGGUGGGAAACAGCGCAGGGCAUCAAGUUCAAGUCUGCUCUGCCCCUUCGUUGUCCCCUCUUCUCUCAUCCUCAGCUUCCAUCUUGUACAAAAUGUCUAUUGUUCAUUUCCCUUCGUAGAUGCUGCCUGACCCACUGAGCUCCUCCAGCAUUUUUUGUGUCCUGCCCUACCCUCAUCUUGCUGUACCCCAUCGAAUACAGACCUAGAGACAUAAAAUGCUUCUUGUACAUCAACCCUUUCAUUUCCGGGAUUGUUCUGGUGAUCCUCCUCUCGAUGCUCUCCAUGGACAGCACAUCCUUCUGUAGAUAUGGGAAGCAAGACUCCUCAAAAUAUUCCAAAUGUAGUCUGUCCAACUUUCCCAAUUCAGUUUUCCCACUGUCUCACUGUAACCCUUCACCCCUUCACCAAUUAAAAACCCAUUCAUAUUCAUCUUUAGAACAUCCAAUGUCUCGGCCUCUACUGCCCCGGGUGGCAACAAAUCCCACAGAUUCACCAUCUUCUGGUUGAAGGAAUUCCUCCCCAUCCCUGUUCCAAAGGGAUGUCCCUACAUUCUGAGGCUGUGACAUUUGA